UUAUUGCUUUUGCAGAAUUGAUGACACUUUCCAUUCAAACAAACAGCCAUUAAAAUUUCCGCCAAAAAAGGUGGUUAGUUGGGAAGGCACACAGCAAUUCUUCCUAAACCUAACACUCUAUCUCACACACUUACACUUCAGAAAUUCCAAAUUCCACAGCUUUCAAUUUCUUUUAUAUAUAAAAAACAAACAAACACACCCCGCCACCACACACUUCUUCCCCUCUCUUUGCAUCCAAACAGGCCCCAAAACAAAGAGAGGGAAAAUACACUUCCAUGGCCUCUUCACGCCCUACCAAUGUGGGAAUCCUUGCCAUGGACAUAUACUUCCCUCCAACCUGCGUCUCCCAGGAAGCUUUGGAGGGUCAUGAUGGGGUGAGCAAAGGGAAAUACACUAUUGGGCUUGGACAGGAUUGCAUGGCUUUCUGCUCUGAGGUUGAAGAUGUUAUCUCAAUGAGCUUGACAGUAGUUGCUUCACUUCUUGAAAAAUUUAAUGUUGAUCCAAAGCAAAUUGGACGCUUGGAGGUUGGAAGUGAAACUGUCAUUGAUAAAAGCAAAUCCAUUAAGACCUUUCUGAUGCAAGUUUUUGAGGCGAGUGGUAAUACUGACAUCGAAGGUGUUGAUUCAACAAAUGCAUGCUAUGGAGGAACAGCGGCAUUGUUCAACUGUGUGAAUUGGGUGGAGAGUAGUUCAUGGGAUGGACGUUAUGGACUUGUUGUAUGUACAGACAGUGCGGUAUAUGCAGAGGGACCUGCUCGUCCCACUGGAGGAGCAGCUGCAAUAGCCAUGCUUGUAGGGCCAGAUGCUCCUAUUGCUUUUGAAAGCAAACUCAGAGGCAGUCACAUGUCUCAUGCAUAUGAUUUUUACAAGCCAAAUCUUGCUAGUGAAUAUCCAGUUGUUGAUGGAAAACUCUCACAGACCUGUUAUCUCAUGGCACUUGAUUCCUGUUAUCGGAUUUUCUGUGAGAAAUUUGAAAAAUUGGAGGGGAGGCCUUUUUCAAUAUCAGAUUCUGAUUAUUUUGUGUUUCAUUCUCCAUAUAACAAGCUUGUGCAGAAAAGUUUUGGCCGGCUAUACUUUAAUGACUUCAUGAGAAAUCUCAGUUUUGUUGAUGAAGCUGCCAGGGAAACCCUUGCACCAUAUGCUUCCUUAUCCGGUGACGAAAGUUAUCAAAGUCGUGAUCUUGAAAAGGCAAAUCAGAAAGCUGCCAAACAUGUAUAUGAUGCAAAGGUGCAACCCAGCACACUAAUCCCAAAGCAAGUUGGUAACAUGUACACUGCAUCUCUAUAUGCAGCAUUUGCAUCACUUGUUCAUAAUAAAAACACUUCAUUGGUUGGUAAAAGAGUAGUUUUGUUUUCAUACGGAAGUGGUUUAACAGCUACAAUGUUUUCCCUUCGCCUUCAAGAGGGUCAGCAUCCAUUUAACUUGUCAAACAUUGUAACCGUGAUGAAUGUUUCAGACAAGUUGAAGCAGAGACUAGAGAUUCCUCCUGAAAAGUUUGUGGAAACAUUGAAGAUCAUGGAGCACCGUUAUGGGGGGAAGGACUUUGUGACAAGCAAGGACUGCAGCAACUUGCCUCCAGGAACAUUCUAUCUCACCAGUGUUGAUUCUAUGUACAGGAGAUACUAUGCAAAGAAGGACAAGGUGCAUCCAAAAUAAGAACUAGUUUAUAUGUAAUUGUUAAUUGUUUAAAAGGAAAAUGUGUUAGAGCUUUGUUCU